AUGGUAGGGCCGACGAGCAAAUACAUCCCUUCAGAAGAGGAGCGGCUUCUCAGAGACCCAGUCCCCGAGAAUUUCCCGAUUUUGAAGUCCAAGGCCACAGUUCCGCGCAGAUGGACUGUUGUGACUGUGGUAGCAUUGCUGAGCAUCUUGAGUGUCGCGGUAUAUAUGGUGAUUGGGUAUGAAACCACUAUGCGUUCUGUGACUCGAGUAGUACCUGGCGCAUAUGACCAACCUCAGGCGAUAUUCUCUAGUUCCCGAAAAAAGGUAGUUGAUCGUCCGCAAAAAUGCAACAGCGUCCGCGCCGGAUAUCAAUGCUUUCAAGAUAUCUCUCACAACUGGGGCCAGUAUUCCCCUUACUUUUCGCUUACCGAUGAGAGCGUCUCUAGUGCGGUGCCAGACAACUGUAAUGUGACGUUUGUCCAGGUCCUGUCUCGCCAUGGCGCGAGAUUUCCAACGGCAUCCAAGAGCUCGAAGUACAAGGCUCUUAUCGAAGAAAUCCAGGCCAAUGCCACUUCAUUCAAGGGAAAGGCCGGUUUUCUGAGCUCCUACAACUAUACUCUUGGGAGUGAUGAUCUCACCUCAUUCGGGAGGCUCCAGAUGGUCAAUUCCGGAACUAAGUUCUACGAACGCUAUGCUAAACUGGCAAGGAAACAUACCCCGUUCAUCAGGUCGUCGGGAUCCUCGCGUGUGAUCGAAUCUGGUCAGAAGUUCAUCCAAGGCUUCCAGCAGACCAAACAGAAUGACAAAGACGCUUCCCCAGCAUCGACGCCUCGAAUUGGCGUAAUCAUCUCCGAAGAUACGGACUCCAACAACACCCUGAACCACAACUCUUGUCCUGCGUUCGAAGCAAGCAAACUGGGCGACGAUAUCGCGGAUAACUCUUCUUCCGGGGUGACUAUCACACCGGAAUUUGCUCUUUACCUCAUGGACAUGUGCCCAUUUGAUACAAUCUCCAUUUCCGCGGAGGGCAGUACCAGGUCGCCCUUCUGUGCUUUUUUCAGCGACAACGAAUGGUCGCACUAUAACUACUAUUACUCGUUGUCCAAGUACUACGGGUAUGGCGCUGGCAACCCACUCGGCCCGACCCAGGGUGUAGGUUUCGUAAAUGAGCUUAUUGCCCGACUCACCCAAACCCCGGUUCAUGACCAUACAACCACGAACUCUACCCUCGACGCACCCGGCACUGCUUCUUUUCCGCUCAACUAUUCCAUCUACGCCGAUUUCACGCAUGACAAUGGCCUGAUCCCCAUCUUCUUUGCCCUGGGGCUGUACAAUGGAACGGGCCCCUUGCCUCGGAAGCAUGCUGUGUCUGCGGCUAAGGCAGACGGAUUCUCUGCUGCGUGGACUGUUCCGUUUGCAGCGCGCGCUUAUAUCGAAAUGAUGCAGUGCUCAUCUCACAGGAAGGAGGAUCAAGAGCCCUUGGUGCGAGUCUUGGUGAAUGAUCGAGUUGUGCCGCUUCAUGGAUGUGAUGUCGAUGAGCUGGGACGGUGUCGGAAGGAUGACUUUAUCAAGGGACUGAGCUUCGCAAGGGAAGGUGGACAUUGGAGUACCUGCUAUGCCUAG